GCAGGGAGAGGAGGUCUUCCGUAGCCACGUUCCAUCUAACCUGUUGCUCUCACUCACUCUCUCUCUCACUCUCACUCUCGUUGGAACAGGAAAACAGAGAGAGAAAACAUCCAUAAAGACAAGCGGAGAGAGGAAGGUAAGGAAGAAACUGAAUAAUAAUACGAAAGAGAGAAAGAAAGGGGAGAGAUAAAGAAGAAGUUGAAAGAUUUUGGAGAAAGUUUGAAUAGAGACAAAUGAAGAAAAAACGAGGUUGAAGGACAAGAAUACGAGGAAGAAAGAAAGAAAGGAAGAGAGAAAGCGAAGACUAAACGAAAGGAAGAAUAAUAAAAAUAAUAACACGAACAGAGAGUAAGGAAGAGAGGAAGAGAAAGAAGAAGAAACCGAAGAAGGAAAAGAAGAAGGACGAGAUUAUGAACAGAGAAAGGAAGCUGGAAUAAGACAAAACACAGACAGGAAGUGAGAAAGAGAGAGAAAGAAAGAAAACGAAAAUAAGACAAACGGAAAAAGUGAAACAAAAGAUAACGAAAGGAAAAAAAGGAACUACUGAGAAAGUUUAUAUUAAGACAGAGCGACAAAAGAGAGACAGAGAGAGAAAAAGAUAAAUGAAGAAAUAAAAAUAAGGUAAAUAGACAGAAAUGAAGUAAUUAUUUAUGUGAAUCGUGGCAGAAGAAGACGCACAUCAAUUAAACACACGCACAAGAAACGGCUCCAGACGUCCUCCCUGCCGCCCCCUCCCCUCCCCUUCCCUGGGCCUGAGCAGCGAGCCAAGCAGCGCCAUGUUCCCGCCGGGGCAGUGACCUUGCAACUCCCUCUCCGCCAUGGACCUCGCCGUGGAGACGUGCGGCGACCUGGGUGCUGCGGCGUGCGGCGGGGCGGUGAUGGACGGCGGCGUGGGGCUGGCGGCUGAGAGGGCGGGACUCGCUGCCGCGCCACCGUCAGCCUCUCCGGCGGGCAGCACCGAGCAGCCCUACUUCCCCAUCACCGAGCGCCCGGAGACCUACAUCGUGCCGACUGUGUUUGCGUUCAUCUUUGUCGUGGGCGCCGUGGGCAACGGGACGCUGGUGUUUCUGUUCGCGCGCUACCCCAACAUGCGCAACGUGCCCAACAUGUACAUCCUGUCCCUGGCGCUCGGUGACCUCCUCGUCGUGGUCUUCGCCGUACCCUUCGUCUCCAUCAUCUUCAUCACGGACACGUGGCCCUACGGCGAGCCCAUCUGCCGGCUGUCUGAGUUCAUGCGGGACGUGUCCGUGGGCGUGACGGUCUUCACUCUCACGGCGCUCUCCGCAGACCGUUACCUGGCCAUCGUGGACCCCGUGGGGCGACGCGCCGGGGCCGUGGCGCGCCGCAGCACCGUCCUGGCCACGGCCGUCAUCUGGGGCUUCGCGCUGCUGCUGGCCUCCCCUGCAGCGCUCUUCUCACACCUGUCGAUGGAGCACACGGGCAACGGCACCAUCGUGAUCUGCUACCCCUUCCCCACCUGGCUGGGCGGGGUCUACCCGCGCGUCAACGUGCUGGCCAAGUUGAUCGUGUACUACCUGCUGCCUCUGCUCAUAAUCUCCACCUUCUAUCUGCUCAUGGCUCGCCACCUGAUGCGUGCGUCCUCGGCGCUACCCGGCGAGGCGGCGCAGCAGCAGCAGCAGCAGCGGGCGCGGCACAUGGCGGCGCGGCGCAAGGUGGCCCGCAUGGUUCUGGCCUUCGUGGUGAUCUUCGCCGUGUGUUACUUCCCCAACCACGUGUUCAUGGUGUGGUUCUACUUCAACCCCAACGUGGAGCACGACUACAACCACUACUGGAACGCCUUCCGCUGCAUCGGCUUCUGUCUCGCCUUCUUCAACUCGUGCGUCAACCCCAUCGCCCUCUACUGCAUCUCCGGCGCCUUCAGGAAGAGCUUCAAUCGACACCUGUUCUGCUGCCUGUGUCCCGAGGAGGCGCGCGGCCGGGCCUGGACCACCCUGCGCCUGCGAUCCUCCGACCAACACUUCCACUCCACGCUGCGCAAGACCGACCACUACGACAUGUCCACCCUCAACGGCCCCGACAAGGCGGCGGUGUGAGGCGCGACGACCACCACGACCACGACGACAUGUCCACCCUCAACGGCCCCGACAAGGCGGCGGUGUGAGGCGCGACGACCACCACGACCACGACGACAUGUCCACCCUCAACGGCCCCGACAAGGCGGCGGUGUGAGGCGCGACGACCACCACGACCACGACGACCACCACGACCACCACGACCACGACGACCACCACGACAUGUCCACCCUCAACGGCCCCGACAAGGCGGCGGUGUGAGGCGCGACGACCACCACGACCACGACGAC